ACACAGAGAGAGAGAGAGAGAGAGAGAGAGAGAUGGCUACAAUAAUAAAUUGCUUAAGAGUAGUACCCAAAGUAACAAACACAAACACUGAACCUUUCGUUUCUCUCUUCUCCAAAAGGGUCUCUAGAUUAGCAAUAGUAGCAUCAUUUUCGUCCUCAACAAUGUCUUACGAAAAGGAACUCGCGGCUGCCAACAAAGCCGCCUCUCUCGCUGCUCGACUCUGCCAGAAAGUGCAAAAGGAGCUGUUGCAAUCAGACGUCCAGUCGAAAUCAGAUAAAAGUCCUGUGACAGUGGCUGAUUAUGGUUCACAAGCUCUAGUUAGUUUUGUGCUGGAGAAUGAACUUCCUUCUGAAUCAUUCUCAUUAGUGGCUGAGGAGGAUUCAGGAGAUCUUCGGAAGGAAAGUGGCCAGGAAACACUACAGCGUAUUACAAAACUUGUGAAUGAUACUCUUCUCAGUGAUGGAUCAUUUAGUGUUUCUUCUUUAACCACAGAAGAUGUGCUUAGGGCCAUUGACAGAGGCAAGUCUGAAGGUGGUUCUCAUGGGCGGCACUGGGUUUUGGAUCCAAUAGAUGGCACUAAAGGAUUUCUAAGAGGAGACCAAUAUGCCAUAGCACUGGCAUUGCUAGAUGAAGGGAAAGUAGUGUUGGGCGUCCUGGCUUGUCCAAAUCUUCCAUUAGUUUCCAUUAGUGGUGAUAGUCAGCAUUCUUCACAUGAUGAAGUGGGUUGCCUUUUCUUUGCCAAAGUUGGUGCAGGAACAUAUAUGCAGUCACUGGAUGGUUCUUCGCCAAAAAAGGUGCAUGUCAGUACUACUGAAAAUCCAGAGGAAGCAUCAUUAUUUGAAUCCUUUGAAGCAGCACACUCCCUGCAUGACUUGUCUAGCUCCAUUGCAAAAAAACUUGGUGUCAAAGCACCACCGGUUAGAAUUGACAGCCAAGCUAAAUAUGGGGCACUGUCCAGAGGAGAUGGAGCCAUAUAUCUGCGAUUCCCUCAUAAAGGAUACCGUGAGAAAAUAUGGGAUCAUGCUGCUGGGUGCAUUGUUGUGACUGAGGCCGGUGGUGUGGUGACAGAUGCUGCAGGGAACCCUUUGGAUUUUUCUCAAGGAAGAUACCUUGAUCUUGACACAGGCAUAAUUGUUACCAAUCAGAAAUUGAUGCCAUCACUCUUGAAGGCAGUUAGAGAAUCCCUGGAUGAGAAAAAUUCAUCCCUGUGAUUUUCCUGUUGAACACGAGAUCCAAAUCCUGGAUUUUGUUUACCAAAAACAACUCAAAUAAUUCCAAUGAGCUGUAGUUCAAUUACUAUAAAAAAACUUAAUGAUUUUUACCUUUAUACUGGUAAGUGUAAAAUUUUGUAAUUUGAUGUAAUGAAUUAUUUGAUUAGAUCCUUGUUAACGAAUUUGAGCAUCCUUAGGUACA